CAGCUGAGCAUUGCCAGUAACACUGCAUCACCUCCUCACAAUCCCACAGAGCAUCCAUAACUCUAGCAUCAUGUCAGACAGCGACAGCGACUUUGACUCGGUCCCCAAGACGUUUGGCGGGCAGAAGAAGAAGAUUGGCCCGUUCCUCGCCGAGCUGGAGCGCACCUUCAAGCACCAGCCCGAGACGUUCCCGUCCGACCGUGCAAAGGUCAUCUUCGCGACGUCGCACCUGCGGGGCGGGGCGCUCGAGUGGGCGAUGCACCGCGAGGACCACAGCGACAGCUACGAGCAGUUCGUCGAGGACCUGCGGGCCAAGUACGGCGACCCGGACCCGUGUGCGACCGCGUUCCAGCAGCUCAAGAAGCUCAAGCAGAACAGCACGGCGCUGCACUACCGCACCCGGUUCGAGAACUAUGCGCGCGAGGUCGACUGGAACGACGACAAGGAGCCCGGCAAGAAGAACAAGUGGUUCUACCGCGGCCUCAACAGCGACAUCAAGGACGCGCUCGUCCAGAUCGACUGGGACUGGAACGACGACUACGACAAGUUUGCCGACCAGGUCUGCCGCCUCGACUCGCGCAUGAGGGCCAGGCGUCUCAGCAGGUCUGGCUAAGCGCUGCUGCUAGAGAGCACAUACAACGGAAAUGGAACAAGGAUCGCCGAGUCGUCACACGAAAGGGAGAGAACAAUACACAGAAGGAGAGAACAACAAGCGUCAGAAGUGUCAAUGCAAAUCCAGGUAGUUAGAUGCUGG